AUGUCGGUUUCCAAUCUCUUGAGGAGCCGUGUUAGACGGCCGUCGUACCUCAGCAAAAUCGCCAAGGCUGAGGACCUCGUUCACCACUUCCCCCACGGCUCUUACAUCGGCUGGUCCGGUUUCACUGGAGUUGGGUAUCCUAAGAAAGUUCCCACGGCGUUGGCCGAUCACGUUGAGAAGAAUGGCCUCGAAGGCCAACUUAAGUACACACUGUUCGUCGGCGCUUCAUCUGGCGCGGAGACAGAGAACCGCUGGGCUCGGUUGAACAUGAUCGAACGCCGAAGCCCUCACCAGGUCGGCAAGGAGAUUGCCAAGGGGAUCAACAACGGUCAGAUCAAGUUCUUCGAUAAACAUCUCAGCAUGUUCCCUUCAGAUCUUACCUACGGCUGGUAUACUCUGAACAAGCCAAAGAACAGGAUUGAUGUCGCUGUCAUUGAAGCUUCUGCCAUCACAGAGGAUGGUGGGAUCAUCCCCGGUGCCUCUGUUGGUGCGUCUCCAGAACUUGUGCAGAUGGCGGACAAGGUCAUUAUUGAGGUCAACACCGCCAGUCCAUCAUUUGAGGGCCUGCACGAUAUUUCCAUGAGCGAGCGCCCUCCCAACCGGAAGCCGUAUCUCAUUAUGCAGCCUGAGGACCGUAUUGGAACCCCUCACAUCCCUGUUGACCCCGAGAAGGUUGUUGCCAUCGUCGAGUCCGACUACCCCGACCAGACCCAGCCCAAUGCCCCCGAGGAUGAAGGUUCGCAGGCCAUUGCCUCAAACCUGAUUGAGUUCCUGAAGCACGAGGUGUACCACGGCCGUCUGCCCUCAAACCUUCUGCCCAUCCAGUCCGGUAUUGGAAACAUUGCCAACGCUGUUGUUGGCGGUCUCAGCAAGGGGGGUGCAGACUUCAAGAAUCUGAAGGUGUGGACGGAGGUGCUGCAGGAUUCUUUCCUCGACCUCUUCGACAGUGGAAACCUCGACUUCGCCACGGCUACCUCCAUCCGUUUCUCCCCAGACGGGUUCAAGCGCUUCUAUGACAACUGGGAGCACUAUGCCGGAAAGCUCCUCCUGCGCUCCCAGCAGGUUUCCAACUCUCCCGAGAUCAUCCGCCGACUUGGCUGUAUCGGCAUGAACACCCCCGUUGAAGUUGACAUCUACGCCCACGCCAACAGUACCUGCGUGAUGGGAUCUAGGAUGCUCAACGGUCUUGGUGGAUCCGCCGAUUUCCUCCGUAGCUCCAAGUACAGUAUCAUGCACACGCCUAGCGUGCGCCCUUCCAAGACGGACCCCACUGGUGUCUCUUGCAUUGUGCCUUUCGCAACGCACAUUGACCAGACUGAACACGAUCUCGACGUUAUUGUUACCGAGCAGGGCUUGGCUGAUGUCCGUGGCCUCUCUCCUCGCGAGCGUGCCCAAGUCAUUAUCAAGAAGUGUUCUCACCCCGAUUACACCCCCAUCCUGCAGGAUUACCUCGACCGCGCCGAAUUCGAAUGCCUGAAGAAGGGCAUGGGUCACGAGCCCCACCUACUCUUCCAGGCCUUCAAGAUGCACCAGAACUUGCAGGAGAAGGGCACCAUGAAGAUUUCCAGCUGGGAGUAA